CAAUCAUCUUUAGUUUCCCUCUUCCCUUUUAAUAUCCUGGUUUUGUUUUAAUCAUUCUGCUUUGCGUUCAUGCGCCAUGCGGGUGGGCAGGACCGGGUCCCUCAGUAUAAAACUGUUCCCAGCCUGCAUUGUAAGUAAAAUACGCCGUAAAUUAAUGAUCAAUGGCUAAUGUUGUGUGUUCUAAUACUCUGUGUGGAACCUUCGUUAUCAUCGUCUCCUUCCUCAUCCCGCGCCCUGCUCCUGUCAUGUGCGCCAGCAGCGCGUCAGACUCCCCUCCUCCUUUAAAUGGAUCGGUGACACCAGACAGAGGCUGGGCAGGGCCACGCAGAAUAAAACGCCGUGGGUGCAGGGUGAGACAGAUUAAGCAAGCUGAAAGAGGAGAGAGCAACGGGAGGCAACGAGAAGCAACGGAGAAAAUAAACAAGUGAAAAAUAUGAAGAAACUGUUUUUAUCCUUUUUUGCGUUGGUCGUCCUCGUCUUCUGGCUUAUGCUGAACACAUUCGUCUGGCACGACUUCUCCAACAGUGACAAAGGACCUCAAGGCCCUUACCAUCAUGUCCAGAGGAGAAUUGGAUCCGGCAACUCUGCACCAUGUGAAGACUGCAGCCGUAUCACUGACCAAGUGGUGGAGCAUUUCACUCACAGCAUGAAGAAGCAGGAAGACAACUUAGAAAACCUCAGGAAAACCAUCACAGACAAAGUAGAACAGCAUUCCUCUGACAACUUGGGGGAGCAGGACAACAAAGUCAUAAAGCUACGCAACAACAUCACUGACAAAGUAGUGAAGCCUUACACUCAAAAUCUGAAGAAGCAGGAGGACAAUGUCAACAAGUUAAGCAACAACGCUGACAAAGUAGUGGAGCAUUCUUCUGACAACUUGAAGAGACAGGAGGACAACGUCAAAAGCAACAAUGCUGACAAACCAGCAGAGCGUCCCCCUGACAACCUGAAGAAGCAGGAGGACAACGUCAAAAGUAAUGUCGGACCUCAAGGCCCUUACCAGCACGCACCCAAGAAAAUUGCAUCUGGCGCCUCGACACCAUGUAAAGACUGCAGCGAGCAAAUCAUCGACAAUAUAAUGGAGCGUUACAAUCACAGCUGGAAGAGGCAGGAGGAAAAUGUCAAAGUGUUGAGAUCUCUGCUCAACAGCAGUUGCAGUGGGCUCACCAAGGCCAUCGUAACGCAGGCCAACACCCCAGUGGGAUCAGAGGUUACGUACGACGGUGAGAAGAGAAAGCCGUACAAGGUGCCCCAACAGGUCUUCGACGUCUUUCCAAAGGACCAUCCUUUUUUAAAUAAACCAUUGGACACAUGCGCUGUUAUUGGGAAUGGGGGGGUCCUGGCCAACAGCAGCUGUGGAGAGAGGAUCGAUUCUGCCCAGUUUGUUUUCAGGUGCAAUCUACCUCCUGUGACAGAUGGCUAUGAGAAAGAUGUAGGGAGCAAGACAAACCUCGUGACGGUUAACCCGAGCAUCAUCCUCUUCAAGUACAAGAACCUGAUGGAGCGCCAUCGUCCCUUUGUGGAGAGCCUGAACGUCUAUGGCGAUUCCCUUGUGCUUCUACCUGCCUUCUCCUACGCCUUCAACACACCCGUGUCGCUGAGGGUCCUGUAUGCUAUCCAAGACUUUAAAAGCCCCACCCAGCCUGUCUUCCUCAACCCAGACUACCUCCGGAGUCUGAACCAGUUCUGGCGCUCGCAGGGCCUCAAGGAAUCGCGGCUCAGCACUGGCUUGAUGAUGGUUAGUCUGGCGCUGGAAGUCUGUUCUCGCGUGGAUUUGUAUGGCUUCUGGCCCUUCAGCCUGCACCCAUAUGGACACCAACCCCUCACCAACCACUAUUACGAUGACGUUCAAUUUAAAAAGAGAGUUCACACCAUGCCUGCUGAGUUUGAACAGUUGUUGAAGCUGCACAAUCAGGGUGUGCUCAGGGUUCAGCUGGGAAAAUGUCCCCCGGACACCAGAUAGGAGCUGGAGGCAGAGGAAAGCCUUCAGCUGCAGCUGACACCACAGCUGUUAGAGGGUGACAGUGGAGUGGGUUUUCACUCCUGUCCUAUUCCACUGUCACAAAAUUACUCCUAUACCAACCCAAGUUUGAGAGUUUCAAAAAAAAUCUGCCCUGUCCCAUCCUAUUCCUGUGUUGUUGUUGUUUUUUUUUUUUGUUUUUGCUUUUUUACUCUACCCAUAGGCAAUGCAGUGACUUUGAUUUGAUGUAUUGGCCAUCACUCUUUUAGUUUACUUGUGCUCUACUGGCCAGUUUUUUUUAAUUUUUUUUAUUCACACCAUUUGGCUAGUAGGUUGGCCCACACUUUUAUACAGUGUAUGGUCAUCAAUUCACACACGCCACACACUGCUCAAGUGGCUGCAACCAACCAUCAACCAGCCACCAGAGCAGACAGGAGAGAUUAAAAAACAAAAACAAAAAAGACAACACAACAACUAGUAUUAUUCCAAAAUAAACAGCACUUAUUCAUAUUAGAACUGCAUAUUUAUACAUGAAAACUGACCUAUUAUUGUUAUGAUUCCUGUCUCGCCCACUUCCGAUGACUUUUUUUCUUGUUCUGUCCCACUUUUUCACUUUAUGAAUCCUGAAACUGACCCCCAGUCCAUGGGAAUCCCACAGGAAUCCCAUGAUGCACAGGAUUCCUGAAAAAAUGUUUGCCUCUAACAGGAGCACAGUGCCUUCUUUCCAGCUUCAGCCUCAAGUCUUCAUUCAUAAGGCCUCUGAUGUGUGUUAGAUUGACUGGAUCAGUCUGUAGUCUCUAGAUGGUUUGUAUUUUGGCUUAUCAUACAGAUUUCAUUAGAGGAGAAAGAUAUGGAUGCUUGGACUUGUUGAGAUUGUCGAGCAGGGUCAUCAGCAGCUAAGACGUUUGCACUAAAAUCAAAACGUGAAAGUAAUGAGACUGUAAAUAUUAUGUUCAAUGUAUAAUAUUUUUGUGUAUCUAUGACUAUUUAUUUGCAGUUGUUCCAGCUAGAGGCUGGAGGAACGGUUAUUUUUCUGACACUAGAAAGCCAUGUCAAAAAAGAGUAACAUUUGAGCCUUUUGUGAUGUUUGCAAUUUAGUGCCUUAUGUCAAUCACCUAAUAGCAAUUUUAUUUCAAACUGAAUGUAUUUUGAAGAGAAUCCACUACCUCUUUGAGUGGAAAAUAUUAAGCAAGGUCAUACAUAAUGACACAAUGAAGAUAUCUAAUGAUCUCACACAGAACAAGGAUGUAUUGCAUCUUAACACUCGUCAGCAUGUCACAUGUUUGUGGCACUGCUUCCACUUUGAAAACGUGUGCUUGUACACAUGAAUAUUGCACAAACCAGUCGCUGGUGUCAGAGAGAAUUUCCGCUCUCUCUUCCUCAAUCAGUUUCAUGUGACAGUGCUGAAUGUGGCACAGAGAUGAGCUGAGCCUCAGCCUCAGGUCUCGGGGCUCCUGCUGGGGUUUGUGACCUCCACCACUCUUCACAGCAGAUCCUCCCAGCAGCCUCUGGCUCAACUGGAAGUGUGUGUGGUGUCUCUAAGCAAGACUCAGAGCCAAGGACUAAACAGAGAGGCCACAGAUACAAACAAAUAAUGGCACCAGUAAACACCUCCAGGAGGUCUCUCCUGACAAAAGUUGCUAUGGUGAGCAGCUCAGAGAGAGUCACAGCCACUAUGAAACAUGCAACCUUUCCUGUCACCAUGGUGACCACACAGGAAAUGGUGCACAUAACUUUCAGUACUGUACUGCUAAAACUUUUGUCUGCUAAAUGCUCUACAAAACCAACACGCAGGUUUAGUUGUUUAAGAGGAUGUGGUUGCUAAAAUAACAGAUUUGACUGUAACUCAGAUAAAAGAUAAAGUUAAAAGUCACUGAAUCAUUUUCUUGGGGUAAAAACUGUCAUCAACUUGCAUUUUGAUGGAUGAUGAAGGUAGAUUGGAUUUAAUUAACCUAGCAUUCUUGCCUUUACGGGUCAUACUUUAAAUGUCUUAAAUGUGGUUUUGCUAUACUGUUGGGUAAUGGAUUACUAUCUUUUGUGGGGAAACUCUGAAAUCAUGUGAACUUUUGAAAAUUUGAUCUCUGUGAACACCUACUGGUGAGAUAAAUGAAGGUGUACGCAAUAAAUAUUUAUCAGAACGGU